CACUAUCCAAAUAGAAUAAAUAAUGUGUGGUUGCCUUUCCGAUCUAAUUUUGAUUUUGCUUUCUGUAUUUUUCCCGCCUUUGCCAGUAUGGAUAAGGAGAGGGAUAUGUUCUUGUGACUCAUUGAUCAACAUUGCUCUUUGCAUACUAGGUUACUUCCCUGGUCUUAUCCAUUCAUGGUAUAUAAUAGCCAAAUACCCACCAUACUCAUACCAGCGCAAACCUGAUGUUUACGUUGUGGUGCAUAACGAUCUUGAAAGUCAAAUGCCUCAUCCAUCUAGAUCUCAGAGACAAGCAUAUCCUAGACAACAACAACCUUCUGAAGUUCAUGUUCAUUAUCAUCAAUCACCUCCUCCUGCCCCUUCUUCUUCUUCUUCCCAACAACAGCCAUUAACCGGUGCCGGAAGUUCUACUUAUGGAGCCGUGAUUGAAGGAUCAUCGGCUCAACCUGAUUCUGGCGCUCCACCCGCCUAUACCGAAAUUGAUAACAAGACCCAGCAUUGAGAGGGUGCGAUAUAUUUAGGGAGAAGUUUUACACAGGGAGACAUGUAGGAGAGUAGAAUGUUUUUCAAAUAAUUUUAGCCUGCCUUUUUUCUUUUGGCUUGUCGUCCAAUUUAGUUCUAUAAUGUUGUUUAAUAGAUGCACUUAACGUUUAAUGAAUAAUUUGCACUUUGUACUACUUU